CACCUCCUCGACUGCACCGUUAUUUUCCUCCCUGCUUCACUUGGACAGAGACGCGCCUCAGUAUGUCGGUGGCUCUGCGCGCACAGCUGCUGCUCUUCCUCAUCUCCCUGUCGUCCAGGAUGGGACUCACACGUUACAUUGAGGACAGUGAGGCUGCAGAUGGAAUAUAUUCUCUGCUCAGUUUUGCCCAGAAAAGAGAAUCAGAGGACUUUAUUUUCCGCCGACCUCUCAGAUGCUUGGACAUGCUGGCUACCGAAGGCUACUUCACCUUCAUGGCAUCCCGCCCACAGCUGGCCUGUGCAGCUUUUGUCAUUGCUGAGCCCAAUGAGGUCAUCAGUCUGGAGCUGUCUGAUGUGAACAUUGACUGCAGCGCUGGAGACUUCAUCAAGAUUUUUGACGGCUGGGUUCUGAAGGGGGAGAAGUUCCCCAGCAGUCACGACCAUCCCCUGGCCCCACAUGAGCGCUACACAGACUACUGCUCCUCCAUGGCUCCAGGACUCAGCAGCCGGUCCUCUCAGAACGUGGCCAUGAUCUUCUUUCGCAUUCACAGUCCUGACAGUGGCUUCACUCUUGCUGUGAAAAAAAUGCACAACCCAAUGCCUUGCAACAUCAUGUCUCAGAGUCCGGAGGGCAGCUUCACCAUGGUGAUCCCACAUCAGCGCAUGAACUGCAGCUUCUCCGUCAUCUACCCCGUGGAGAUUCGGCUGACAGAACUCAGCUUAGGGGAGGCCAAGAGCAACGAGAUCCGCCCUGUGAGGCAGAUGUUCUCUGGCUGUUCGGGGUCUGGGGACUAUGUGGAGCUGCUGGGAGGGAAUGGAGUGGACACCUCCAAGAUGAUCCCUGUCGCUGACCUCUGCUUCUCCCCCAGUGGACUUGCCCAGAUGAAGAUUGGCUGUGAUAACUCAGUGGUGAGGCUGGUGUCCAGUGGGAACUAUAUCAACCGCGUUUCCUUCCAGUACCGACUACUGGAUCAGAAUGAGUUACCCAAGACCAGAGAGAACAGCCUGGAGGAUUUCUGCAGAAUGGAAUGAUGCACACAUUUAAAAGCACACACACAGACAAUCAUUACAAAUGAAAAAUCAUCAGUUAUUGUAAAAUAAACAAGUAAAAAAAACAUGUAUGAUUAAAUAAUACCAUAUGUCUGCAGUUUCCAUUGUAUUUAAAAAUGUUUUAUUGUGUGGACUGAUUAACAUAUCUAUUUAGAUAAUAAUUCUGGUUUCUAAAUAAAUGAAUGAUGGUGUAUUUUUAUUAUUUUCUAUUUAGUAUUGUGACAUGAUGUCACACAUUAUAUUUAUUGGUAAAAGCUUUAUUUUUCUGUUAGUUUCUUUUAGGUCCACUCUUUUAUCUCUAUAUUGCCUUGCCAUUCAAAAGAAUAAAUUCAACUUGCAUGAUAAAGCACA